AAACAGCAGAGUCCGUUCCUGUUAAGGGCAGUUUUAAUUUUCAGUGCACUGAAGGCAACUUGACUUUUAAAGAUGGAAGAAGAAGUCAAUUAUUCCACGAUGGUUUUCAAAACUGGUGCUUCACCUCAAAAAGAAAAAAUCAAGGACUCAACCAUUUAUUCUGAAGUUAAAACUAAAGUGCCUGCUGGUCCGUCUGCUACACCUGAAAAAAACGAGGACCCAACCAUUUAUUCUGAAAUAAAAACUAAUGCACCUCCUGCUGCUCCUUCUGCUGCACCAGAAGCAGAAGGCAAAGCAGCUGCAUGCUCCCAUUUCCCUCUACUGCUGGUGUGUUUGGAGAUACUUUGUGUCCUCCUGCUGGCGGGCAUCAUCGCCAUCAUCUACAUGAGUUUGUUAAUGAACGUACAGGCAGCAAACCUCCGUGACCUCACAGCAGAAUAUCAGCGGUUGGCCGUGGAGAAGGAAAUCUCAGACAAUAAAACUGAGGAGCUGAGAAGAGAGAGAGACAAUCUCAACUGGACACUGGAAGUCAUCCUGAAAUUUGAUAACUUUCCAGUAAAUGAUUACUGUCCUAAUAAACAGUGCCAGCCAUGCCGCAGUGGCUGGAUCCCAUUUAAGGACAAGUGCUACCUGUUUUACAAUGAGCGCUCCCCCUGGAAAACUUGGGGAGAAAGCCAAAAGUAUUGCAAAGGCAAAAUUGCAGAUCUGGUUGUUAUUGACGAUCUCAAAGAGCAGGAAUUUCUCAGUAGUCACAUAACAUAUUACUACGAUAAAUACCACGGAUACUUUAUUGGGUUACAGAAGAUAGGAAAUAACUGGGUCUGGAUUGAUGGACACAAUGACACUCUGAGUUACUGGAUGAAUGAGAUGUCAGACAGUUCAGGCCCAUGUGUGCUGAUCAUCCCUGAGAAGAAUGCCACAAAAAGCUGGGUCGAAGCAAAAUAUGUCUUUGAGAACAAAUUCAUCUGUGAGAUAGACGCCCUGCUUUUGUCCACUUAGUUAAGCUGCUGUUCUCUGUGUCCUCUCCCAUGUUGCCAUCCAUGCUCCAGAUACUGUCUGCAUUAUUUGUUUCUCAUCUUUAUAAUGGAGGAUGGAGAACUUGUAGUUUUUCAGCUGCUGCAACUAUUUAUGAAAAGACUUUAAGCAGACCAGUGUGUGUCACCAAAAGGCAGAAAUAAUGCAACACUGUACUUUUACACCGAGCAACAUUGCAUGUAUUUAUUACAUAAUUCAUGUUGCAAGUUCCAUCCUGUGUCAACCUCAACACUGUCUCCAUCUGUCUCUGAUGUAAAGUGACAGAGGUUAAAGGUUUGAAAGUUCAACUUUUUGGGUUUUGUUAAUCAUUUAAAAUAACAGCAUGAUGCAGAUGUUUUAAAGCCCUUGUUGAUGGAAAGAGUCACUGUACUCCAGAUGUUCAACAGUCAUAUUUGUGUUUUUUACUUUUUGAUUCAUACAAGUUUUAGGAGGAAAUUUCAGAUACAGUAACACAUUAAGGACCACCGUAACAGUGACAAAGUGUCGACUCAACAAGAUUUUUUUUUUUAUAUUAAAAAAAAAAGCUCCUGACCCUUUUGUUAUUAUUAAUAGCGAAAUGAGGAUUGUGUUCAGCAUUUAAAUACCCACUGAGCUGUCAGUUUAAAGAAAUAUUUAAAUCACAACCAACACUGAGUUUGAAAGUCAGGAAAAUGAAGGUUGAACAUAUAUAUAUUUUAUUAUAUAUUUAAUUAAUAAAAUGAUUCAAAACAUCUUCCUCUUAAA